CUUCGUUUUCCAUACUAGUCGAUUGUCUGCUGCCUGAGAUAUCUGAGUAUCUGAGUCUUUCAAACAAUUUGCGUUCAACAUGGAUUUGAGGAACGCGGGCAAUAUCUUCGCGGUCUUGGAAGACAUGCUAGACUUGGCAGAGCAAGAGCCCGAAAAGCCCCGAAACAACAACAGAAACAACAACAACCCGUCUCGGGCGUACGUCCGAGAUGCGAAAGCGAUGGCGGCGACGCCGGCGGACGUGGUGGAGUACCCGAACGCGUACGUGUUCGUGGUGGAUAUGCCGGGAAUCGAGGCGGGACAAAUUAAAGUGCAGGUGGAGAACGACAACGUUUUGGUGCUGAGCGGGGAGCGAAGGCGGGAGGAAGAGAUCAAGGAGAGUGGGGUGAAGUACGUGAGGAUGGAGAGGAGGGUUGGGAAGUUCAUGAGGAAGUUUGUUCUGCCGGAGAAUGCCAAUUUGGAUGCGAUUUCGGCGGUGGCUAAAGAUGGGGUGCUCACUGUGAGGGUGGAGAAGCUGCCUCCGCCGGAGCCCAAGAGGCCCAAGACCAUCCACGUCAAUGUUGCUUGAAAAUCAUUCGUCAGUUGAGUCAGUGACUCGGAGUAGAAUGAAACUUGAUGUCAUUGGUGUUGGGUUUUUCUUUUGGGGAAGAACAUGUGUGUAUCAACUUUGAAUAAAUUCUGAGUUUGUUUGUGUUGUUUGUCUGUUUGUCUUUUUCUUUUGAUUUUUGUAUCGUGAGAUAGAUUUUUGUUGGGUACUGAAAACUUUUGUGGGUUUUUCUUGAGAACGAACCCAGCUUGUUUAUCA